AUGAAAGAAUUCAUACUGGAGACAAACCCUACAAGUAGAAUUCACACAGGAGAGAGACCUUACAAGUGUAGAAUCUGUGACAAAUCUUUUAUUAAAAAGGGCAAUUGCAUUGUGCAUGAAAGAAUUCAUACUUUAGAGAAACCUUACCAGUGUAAAUUCUGGGACAAAACUUUUACUCAAAAAGGCCUUUGCACUCAGCACGAAAGAAUUCAAACUGGAGACAAACCUUACAAGUGUAAAUUCUGUGACAAAAGUUUUAAAGACAAAACAUCUUGCAUAUAUCAUGAGAGAAUUCACACAGGAGAGAAACCCUUUACGUGUACAUUCUGUGACAAAAGUUUUAAACACAAAAAUUCUUGCAUACGCCAUGAGAUAAUUCACACAGGAGAGAGACCUUUUAAGUGUAGAUUCUGUGGCAAAACUUUUACACAAAAAGGUCCUUGCGUUGUGCAUGAAAGAGUUCACACAGGAGACAAACCUUACAAAUGUAGAUUCUGCAACAAAAGUUUUAAAGACCAAAAAUCUUACAAAUGUAGAUUCCAUGAGGAAACUUUUACACAAAACAAUUCUAGCAAACUUCAUGAAAAAAAUCAUACUGGAGACAAACCUUUUAAGUGUAGAAUUUCUGUGAAAACUGUCACCCCAGAAGGGAAUUGCACUUACCAUGAAAGAUAUUACACUGGUGACAAAACUGUUACACAAGGUUUUUGCACUGUCCAUGAAACCAUUCAUACUGGAGAGAAGCAUUAUACAUGCAAAUUCUCUCGCAAAGAGUUUAUAACAAAAUUGGCCUGCACUAGCCCUAAAAGAAUGAACACUUGUGAGAAACCAGACAAAUGUGGAGUAGAAUUCAGUCAAGGGAAUAAUUGCAGAACACAUGAAACAAUGCACAACAAAAGAAAACAUGAUUCUAAUAAUAUACAUGGAACUUUUAGCAAUGAAAGUGGACAUAACAGUUUUCUAGAUUCAGAGGGGGAGAGGGAUGAUAUAAAGAAUGUGGAAAAUAAACUGACAAACAAUAAUGCCGUAACCCAUCAUAUAUAUGAGGAAGACAGAACAGAAUACAAUCAUAAAGAUGAUGACACUUUUACCACGGAGAAUAUCACCAUCAUUACUGACAAUGAUGUCUAUGAAAUACUUACUGGUAUAAAAAGGACCACACCAGGUCUCAUUAUAACAAUUAUGAAAAAUCCUUUCUACGCCUUUCAAUGAUGUGAUCAGAUGACAAAAACAUACUAUUACCUUAUAAAUUUGCUAUUUUUGGACAACUAAAGAACAAUCAAAUGUAACUGCUUCAAUUUUUAUUUGUUUAGUGUUUAUCAAUAAUCAUUCAGAAUAUAUUUUAUACCUUGUAGGUUCAGUAUUCAUCUGACCAUUUUCUUCCAUGAUCAGACACAUUGUCUAUGAUAGAUCAUCUAUAAUAAAAGAAUCGUACUUAGUCAAAUACAUGAUAUUACACUAGAAAAUCCCUCUCUAUCUUUAUUGUUGAAAAUAGAAAGGGAAGUAAACAAGUGUUUCAUUUUCAUCAUUUAGAUUAUUUCAUUUUUUAAUGUAUCAAAUUUAUAUAUAUAUCCAAUGACUUAGCGGCAGAAUAA